AGUUCCUUAAAACUUUAAGCACUUCCAAUCCAAUAUCUCUAAAAAUAACUAUUCCUGAAUCCUAAAUAACUACACCAGUAUUUUCAUGUAACAAUCAUGAACCUUGUUUUCCUUAUUUUAUUAAUUGUGCCUGCUUUAGCUCACAAUGAAGCAGAGUUCAUAUACAAUGGUUUCCAAGGAUCCAUGAAUAAACUUCACCUUUAUGGAAUGGCAAAAAUACUCCCAAAUGGUCUUCUUCAAAUGACCAAUGGUUCAGUCUCCAAAACUUCCUAUGCUUUCUACCCACACCCUAUAACCUUCAAACCAAAACAUCUUUCAUUCUCCACCACUUUUGUUUUUGCUAUGGUUCCACAGGUCCCACUUCAUUCGGGUCAUGGACUCGUCUUUGUUAUCAGUCCAUCCACAAAUUUCCAACAUGCUUUCCCAGCAGCGUACUUAGGACUCCUCAGUCCUACCACAAAUGGCAAUGAUUCUAAUCACAUAUUUGCAAUCGAGUUAGACACCGUUCAAAAUGUUGAUGUAGGAGAUAUAAAUGGAAACCAUGUUGGGAUCGAUGUAAACAGUGUCAAAUCUAUGUAUGCUGCUCCUGCAGCUUACUAUUCUGAUAAAGACAAUGUGAACAAAACCCUGCUGCUAAAUAGUGGCAAGCGUAUGCAAAUUUGGAUCGAUUAUGAUCAUAACGAGCUGUUAGUCAAGGUAGCAUUAGCUCCUUUUCACCAUUCAAAACCAAGCAACUUUCUAUUGUCUAAGCCCAUCGAUCUUUCUCCCAUACUCUUGGGUUCUAUGUAUAUCGGUUUCACUUCUGCUGAUGGCGCAGUAUCUAAUGACCAUUAUAUACUAGGAUGGAGUUGGAAUCAAAGUGGGAGAGCACAAGAUUUUGAUCUUUCUAAGCUUCCAUCUCUUCCAAAAAUUAAACAUCAAAAGCUAGACUCAGAUAAGUUAGCUUUUAUCAUUCUGUUUAUAGUAUUUGUACUAUUGUUUUUAAUGAUUAGUUCAGCAGUUUUCUAUUUUCGGACAAAGAAGUAUAAAGAGUUAUAUGAAGCUUGGGAAAAGCAAUUUGCUCAGCAAAGAUUUUCAUACAAAGAACUUUAUGUAGCCACAAAAGGUUUUAGGGACUCCGAAGUUCUUGGAAUGGGUGGCUUCGGUAAGGUUUACAAGGGUGUAUUGCCCUCUUCAAAGGCUGAAGUUGCAGUGAAACAAGUCUCCCAUGAUUCAAAGCAAGGGGUGAAGGAAUUUGUGGCAGAAAUUUCUACUAUGAGAAGGCUAAGCCAUAGGAACUUGGUACCACUCCUGGGCUAUUGUAGAAGAAAAGGACAGCUUCUUUUGAUCUACGAGUAUAUGCCUAAUGGGAGCCUAGACAAGUUCCUCUUUAGCAAAGACGAAAAAACAAAUCUAAGUUGGUUCUUAAGAUUUAAGAUCAUAAAGGGGGUGGCAUCUGCACUUCUGUACCUACACGAGGAAUGGGAACAGGUCGUUCUCCAUCGAGAUGUGAAGGCAAGCAACGUCCUAUUAGAUGCUGAGAUGAAUGCAAGGCUUGGUGAUUUUGGGCUUGCUAGACUUUAUGAUCAUAAUAAUGAUCCUCGUACCACCCGUGUAGUGGGAACCGUUGGAUAUAUUGCACCGGAGGUAAGCAGAACGCAGAAACCUACAACCAGUACUGAUGUUUUUUCUUUCGGAAUGUUCUUACUUGAGGUGGGUUGUGGAAGGAGGCCUAUUGGAAAACAGUAUGAAAAUGAAGCAGAGGAAUUUUUCUUGAGUGAUUGGGUUUAUGAUUGUUGGAAGAAUGGCGAGAUUCUUAGGGCAAGCGAUCCAAAUAUGGGAGGAGAUUAUCAAGAAAAGGAAAUGGAGCUUGUGUUGAAGUUGGGAAUUGUGUGUUUGCAUCCAAAAACAGAAGAAAGGCCAACAAUGAGGCAGGUAGUGCAGAUGCUAGAUGAGUGUGCAACUUUACCUGAUAUUCCUUGUGAAUAUGAUGUUGAAAGUGGUUAUUUCUUUGGUGAAAGUGGGAGAGGAAUUACUUCGUUAUCAUCAUCGACUGUAACUGUUGGUUUUAGUCUGACGUCCAGCACAAAUUCAGUCCUCCAAUAUGGCCGUUGAAUCUUUCCUUUCUUCAAUAUGUUGUUAAUAAUAAGGACAAUAUGAAAUUUCUAUCAUUUCUAGGUUGCGUAUAUUCAACCCUUCUAAAGUCCGCCUAGGUGGAGGUCACUUGGAAUUAGCGUAAUGAUAUGUUGUCGUAACUUGUUGUUAGUACAAACUGAUUGUAAUAAUCCAGUGCGUAACUCAGAACGCAAUGUAAGAGUAUUGUAUUAUUACAAAAGGCGUUUUAGUGCUGCAGAAGAUCAUUUCCCUUUAUGCAGUUUUUGUGUACUCUGAAGUCUAAACAAAACAAUGUCUUGGGUGUAUGAUAUCACGCUCUCACGGGCUUUCUUACCA